ACGGUGAACUAAUGCGUAGUUUGCAGCUGGGUGGCAAGUAACGUCGGCCUAUUUUAACCGUGCAUAAUAUAAUGGGGGUCGUAGGGUCACAUCCAACGCACCAUUGUCAGAUUUCAACACCUUUGGUACUUGGUAGGCACGAACCAAAAUAAGUCUUGUUUGCAGAGCACUUCAGAAUGGUCGUAAAUGUUGAGCAAGCUCGGUGUGCUUUGAGAUUGACCUAAAAUCUUUUAGGCGGUACCGACUAUCGACUGCGUGCAUUUGGAAGGUUGAGUGUAAUUGGUGGCGUGAGGGCCGCUCGUACAGGUGCAAGAUUUGUCCGUUUACUGAUCAUCAUCGGCCUUGAGGAGACCAUAACUUGAUCACAGAGGCAGUCCUUUUCCUCCAUGUUAUAAGACCGACCUGCCGAUAGGGCUCCAAACCAAAUCUCGGCGAUCUCGCAUCGACACAUUUUGACCAGCGUCCACAAUGAUCGAUCAAGCCGGUCUCUGGGCAGGCACCGGCAUACUGUGCGCGAUGCUGGUGCUACUGAUCAUCUUCGCAAUGUACAAACAGUACUCAGGAACACUGGCAUUGCCUCCUAGAAAACCCGAGGCUAAACCCGACGGCAAAACCGACGGCAAAACCGAAGAUAAGACCGAGCAGGGAAAAGACCAAGUAGCCGAUGGAAACUCCGCAAAACCGCCACCACCGUACCCCAGCGUGGACGACGGCCCGGGCGCCUACGCUUACGAUCAGCCGGUAGACGACGGCGUGGACGGCGUGGACGUCGCGGUGGAGGUACACGGGACGGAAGCGGCCUGCGUGGGCAGGGAGCCCGAGGCGAGUGUCCCUUAUGUGUACGACCAAGCCAUUCAGUUGGAGACCAGCACUUAACUCGUGCCGAACACAAACAUAAUUGGAACAGAGACUGUUGGUGUAUUUUGGUACAAAGGGUAAAUAUUAUUUCAUACUUCACACAAAACGUAGAGAAAGAACUUCAGAAAUUCACUCGGCCACACCUCUGCCCUAGAGAGCUGGUAACCGCCACUCCCUUUCACACAACUGUUGAAGGAAACGCGAGCAUCGAAAAGCACAGUGGGUAUUAUACUUUCCACAAACAAGGUACUUUAUGCAGAUUUCGUGCUUCUGGUUUCACAAAAUGUCUCCAAUGAGAGCUCGAAGAUAUCAGGGGUCCGAUGGGGUCAUUUGCAUAGGCAGUUGGGACGAGCGAAUUUAAGAAACUAUAAGACUUUGUGAUUCAUUAAAGGAACAGAUUGUGUCAGACACUUUACUAGAAGAGAAAGAGUGUAGUUGGAAGACAAUGCAAAACAGAACCAAAAAAUAAUUUUUAUAUACAUGUAUAGUUCUUACCAAAUAAAGAUCACUGGGGUCGUUAGAAAAGUUGAAUGGGGGCGUGUGGCCAUCAUCAGAUUCUGAGACACUGGGGACGCUGUUCAAUAUAAACGGGGGAGGACUUGGAGGGACUCGGAGGGACUCGGACUGGACCACAACUGACGCGCAUGUCGACGUUGGCAUGAUUGUGCCGCCACAGACGAUGGCUGCCCGACAAAAGCAACACAUUCAGGGGUGUCGGCCAUGCGCCCCAAUAAGCGACGGCCAUGACGAUCAUUGUAAAUAAAUAUGCGAUAUUGUAUUUUGAUGAUAAACUGGCAAAAUCGACCUCAUCAUGUUAUUGGAGUUUGAAUACUAUUUUUUAGUUUGAAAGACCAGAUGAAUGUUUAUUCUAAAGAGUUAUUCAAAAUAUGUUCUUCCAAACAACGUUCCCGAAUAUAACACUAUGUGUUUGCUGAUUGGAACUACUAUUAGCCCGUUAUUUUUUAAUUAGCAACUAAACAAUGUUUGUAUCUAAGUUUAUUUCUAUAUUUUAUCACCCAUUUCAGCCGUUUGAAAAUAAUCAAAAUUUUGCUAAGAGUAGAUUUUUUAUCUAUGUUCUUCUUUGACAGAAUUUUCUAUUCUACAUUGUAUUUGCUAAGCCUUUUAUAUUUGAAUAUAUUGUACAUGUAUUCCUUUAUCUAUAAAUGUGAUGAAAGGUAACUAUGAAAAUACAAACAUUUAUUGUUGUUCUAAUAAAUAACCAAUAAUUCGGCAGUAUUGUUCAGUAUUAAACGUGAAACCAA